AUGCGACCAAAUGUGAGACUAGCCAACAUAUCGGCACAUCUGGUCAGACACACCAAUUCCAAGGACUUCCAGUGCCAGUGGCCCAAUUGCGAUAAGAAUUUCGGAUACAAGAAGUCACUGAUGGCUCACAUCGAGAGCUUUCAUCUGCGAAAAGAGCGCUUCAAGUGUUGCUGCGAUGGCUGCGGCAAAGUGUUUGCCCACAAGUAUGAGCUACAGAUCCACAUCAGGCAACUACACGACAACGAAGUCAAUCACCGGUGCGUUUGGACGGAGUGUCACAUCGAGUCCAAGACAUUGGCGUGUCUUUGGCCUAAAUGUGGACAACGUUUUCUCAAUAAAAAACUUUUAGACAAUCAUAUGGAAGAGAAUCACCUAAAAGGUCGAAUCGGCUUUAAAACCAAAGGAGAGAAGAGAGAAAACUCGCAAAACAUUGACACGAAUUGUGAACAAAGUCUCUGUGAUAACGAAAACAAUUCUGAAGUGAUUUGCGGUGAUAAUGAUCUGAAAGGCCGACAAAAGUCCAGUUAUGUUGCACUCAAUCGCAGAAAUAGAUACAAACCGAGUGAUGAGUCGCCCGAACAGUAUAUCAACAAAUAUACGGGUAAACCAUUGUCCAGACGACGCCGUGAGAAGAACUACGUGUGCAGUUGGCCCGCCUGUGGGAUGGCCUUUGAAAAUGUGUCCGCAGUUAACAACCAUAUGCGCAAACACACCGGUGAGAAGCCAUUUGUAUGUGAUUGGGAAUCGUGUGGAAAGACAUUCCGCUAUGGAAGUGGUCUCAAACUGCACAAAGAGAUGAUUCACUUAAAGCUGAGGCAAUACCGGUGCGAUUGGCCGACCUGUACGGAGGCCUUCAUAUCAAUGUCUCAGCUGAAAGUACAUGAGUCCGAGCACACGGGCAUCAAGAAGUACCAGUGCAGUUGGCCAGGCUGUGAGUGGCGCACAAACCAUACGCAACAACUCGACAUUCAUCGCAUGCGAGCACAUGAGGGCAAGAAAGUGGUGUUCAAGAGAUAUAAGUCGAAGAAUAACUCUAAUCCCAACUCCGACUAU